AUGGGAUCCGGGAAUGGAGGUCAAAGCGGUGAUAGAAACUCCAGAAACAAAAGAGCAUCUGAAUCAAAGGGAUUCGGUGGACAGAAUAACCAAGGUAGCCGAACUAAGUUUGGUGAGUUCCAAGGGUCAAUCUCGAACGAACAAACGGAAUCUGAUCCGAUACGCAGAAAAAACAAAAUGGCUUCGGAGGAUUCAGGCAGACCACAGAAAGCGCACAACGUGGAUUUGAUUCAAAUAACCAGAUGGGCAGAAACAAGAACUCCAGAAGCAAAAGAUUCUUCUUCAAACAGUGGAUUCGGUCAAAAUGGAUUCAGUGGAAGAUAA